CGCAGCGCGCUUUCCCUACAUACAGGCGCUGAAGCAGUCGAGGGUGUGCAAAAUGGCGUCUACCGAUUAUAGCACCUAUAGCCAGACUGGAGCCCAGCAGAGUUACGGAGCUUACACUGCCCAGCCUGCUCAAGGAUACACACAGACUGCCCAGCAGGCAAGCUAUGGACAGCAAAGCUACGGCUCUUAUGGCCAACCAAGUGAUUCCAGCUAUACACAGACACAAGCAACAGCAAAUGCAUAUGGCCAGUCCGCAUAUGCUGCUUCCUAUGGACAACCACCAACCGGUUACACCACCCCAGCUGCUCCUCAAGCUUACAGCCAACCGGUCCAAGCAUAUGGAUCAUCAGGUUAUGACACCACCACCGCAGCCGCCACCACCACCCAGACUUCUUAUGCAGCGCCAUCCGCCUAUGGAUCUCAGCCUGCAUAUGCUUCCUAUGGACAGCAGCCUGCCAGUGCUGCUCCAACAAGACCUCAAGAUGGAAGCAAGCCAGCUGAUACAAGCCAACCACCACCAAGCACGGCCACGUAUCCUCAGGCCAGCAUGGGCUACAGUCAAAGCAGCUAUAAUUAUCCUCAAGCCCCAGCCAGCUACACAAUACAGCAAGUGAGCGCUCCUCCAUCCUACCCACCCACCAGCUAUUCGAGCUCCCAACCAACUAGCUACGAGCAAAGCUCAUAUUCUCAGCCCAGCUCUUACUCACAACAAAGCAGCUAUGGGCAACAGAGCCCAUAUUCCCAGCAGACUUCUUAUGGGCAGCCAAGUGGCUAUGGACAGCAAAGUGGAUAUGGACAGCAGAACAGUUACCAGCAGCAGCAACAACAACAGCAGCAGCAGCAGCAACAACCCCCUCCAACUAGCUACCCACCUCCGGCUACAUCCUACAGCAGCCAGCAGUCGGGCCAGUAUGGCCAACCGAGCAGCAGCUACAGUCAGCAGAGCAGUUAUCGUCAGGACCAUCCUGGUAGCAAAGGAUCAUAUGGCCAGGAACCUCAUCAAGGUUAUGGAGGCUCUGGUGACAGCCGCAUUUCAGGAGGCCUUGACUCUCGUGGCAGAAGCAGGGGCAUGUUUGACAGAGGCGGCAUGAGUCGUGGUGGGCGGGGAGGCCGUGGAGGCAUGGGCAGCGGUGGAGAGCGAGCUGGCUUCAGUAAGCCUGGUGGACUCUUGGAUGAUGGCCCAGAUCUUGAUUUAGGCUUAUUCAAUGUAGGACCCCCUAUGGAGCCAGAAGAAGAACCGGAAAACAACACGAUAUAUGUGCAAGGUUUCAAUGAAAAUGUCACUGUCGAAGACAUAAUAGAAUUCUUCAAGACAUGCGGCGAAGUCAAGAUGAAUAAGAGGACUGGCCAGCCAUUUGUCAACAUCUUUACAGACAAAGAGACUGGAAAGCCAAAGGGAGAUGGGACGGUUUCCUUUGAGGACCCACCUUCAGCAAAGACAGCUGUUGAGCUAUGUGAUGGGAAAGAAUUUCAGGGCACUGCCUUGAAAGUGUCAUUAGCCCGCAAAAAGUCGUCUCUGCUCGGUAACAGAGGUGGCUUUGCCCCACGUGACGGCCGAGGACAGCCACCACUUUUACGUGGCGGACCUAUGGGACGAAUGGGUGGCAGAGGUGGUGAGCGCGGAGGAUUUGUGCCAAGAGGACCUAGAGGACCACGUGGAGCUCCAGUUGGCGCCAAUGUACAGCACAGAGCCGGGGACUGGCAGUGCCCGAACCCGAGCUGUGGAAACCAAAAUUUUGCUUGGAGAACAGAGUGUAACCAGUGCAAGGCUCCUAAACCGGAGGGUUUCGUUCCUCCCCCUUUCCCGCCUCCAGGCGCUGAAAGAGGAAGAGGAGGACCUGGUAUGAGAGGUGGCAGAGGUGGUUUAAUGGACCGUGGUGGGCCUGGUAUGUUCCGGGGUGGACGUGGAGGAGAUAGAGGAGGCUUCAGAGGACGUGGAAUGGACAGAGGAUUUGGUGGAGGAAGGCGUGGUGGACCUCCUGGUCCCCCAGGACCUCUCAUGGAGCCAAUGGGAGGUGGAAGAGGUGGUGGAGCAAGGCGAGGUGGACCUGGAAAGAUGGAUAAGAGCGAGCAUCGCCAGGAGCGCAGAGAAAGACCCUACUAGGCCGAGCCUUGUUUAUGAUCAGAUUUAUUUUUAAACCAGAAAUGUUUUAAAUUUAUAAUUCCAUAUUUAUAAUGUCUACAGAGUUCAUUCUGUCACAUUAUGGUUAUUCUUUGUCUGUAACUUUAGUAUUCACAAUUUGUGGAGAUAUUAAAUAGUUUGACUGUAGUACCAAUGUAUUUUUAUUUUUAACUUUUAUUUUUUCUGCCCCUCCCCCUUAAUUUUCUUGAAGAACCACUAUAAAGUUCUAGGUAUGCUCCUUGAAGGUCCACCCCAUGUUUUGCAGAAGUGACUUUGUAGGAGUGUGGCGUAUGUUGUGGGUUUAAAAUGUGGCUAGAAUGGGAGUGUUGGUGAACCGCUAGUGACUUUGUAUCUUGUGUUGAGCUUUUUUGGGUCACUAGUGCCAUCUCCUUUACAGCAUGUAUAUAUUUGCUUUAGAAGGAAAGACAGGAAAGUGGGGCAUACCUUUUUUUUCUGGAAAAAUAGGAUGUCGUAGAGGGAAUAUAUGGAUUAUUUUAUACUCUGGCUUGUACAAACAUGUUGAAUCCCACAAUGCCGUAAUAAAAUACUGUUUAAAACC